AUGGAGAAGAACAGGGUGUGCACGAUCUGCAACAGGCGCUUCGCCAACGGCAAAGCCAUGGGAGGCCAUAUGAGAUCUCACUUCGCCAAGCUCCCGCUCCCUCCCAGGCAGCCGUACGUCCAGCCCGAGUCGGCCCCACCGCCAGCUCUCUCUUCGUCUUCUCUGCACCGGGAUGGGAAGGACGUUGCCUUGAAAGACUUCUCUGGAUCGCUGAAGCUUUAUCAUCCUCACGACCCAUGUGCCAAUUCCGAAUCGUCCUUCGUCGCCAGCACGGAUCCUGCCCUCCCCGACAAGGGGAGCGAAGCCGAGUCGCAGAGGAACCCGAAGGGGAGGAGAUCGAGCCGGCGCUGUAAGCCGGCGAGGGCCGAGACGUCGGAGCAGGUGAGUUCGGCCUCCGAGACUUUUUCCGUCGAAGAUGUCGCGCUGUGUCUUAUGAUGCUGCUGCGAGAUAGCUGGACCAGAAAGGGCAAGGAAGUAGUUCAAGAACUGGUGGACGAAUCGGCUGAGGAAGACGAGAAGGACAACGAAGAUGAUGGCGACGACGAUGAUGACGAGUCCUUUAGCGCGACGCAGGCGAAUCAUCCCCAUCACCCCAAGUACUGGUGCGAGACAUGCAACAAAGUGUUUAAAUCUUACCAAGCGUACGGUGGGCACAAGGCGAGCCACAGCCACAAGAGGAUGAAAAUGCUUGAGGAUAUCGAAAAGGAGGGGGUCGAUGGUGGUGCAAAAACCAAAGCUUUAACUGAUCAGAGAUUGUUCAAGUGCCCGUUCUGCGACAAAGUGUUCAAUUCAGGUCAAGGACUCGGGGGUCACAAGAAAGUUCACUUCUUGAAUAGUGCAGUUAGUAAGAGCAACAACAACAACAACGAUAACGAUGCUAAGAACAAGGUCGGAGAGUGUAGGUUAGAUCUUAACCUACCACCAUCAACCGAAGAAGAAGGCAGCCAUGAACCGGUUGAGUCUUCUCCUGUUUCCAGUCAUUGAAGAAGAAGAAA